AUGGAAGCUCCCUACAUGCUAUGGCUCGUCUACAUUUCACUCGCCUCCUAUGUGCUCUACAAGGUGUUCGUUGUAGGCAAAAACAUAGCAACGAAGAGCAGGACCCGUCUGCCGCCGGGCCCGACUCCACUCCCUCUGCUGGGCAACAUCUUCGACGUCCAAGGCGAGUUGCACCAGGCUCUUGCCAGGCUCGCCGGGGUACACGGCCCCAUCAUGUCCAUCAAGCUCGGAGCCACCACCGCCAUCGUCGCCUCCUCCGCCGCGUGCGCCCGUGACGUGCUGCAGAAGUACGACCACCUCCUCGCCGCGCGGUCCAUCUCCGACGCCGCGCGGGCGAUGGGGAACCACGACCGCUCCAUCAUAUGGCUUCCGGGCAGCAGCCCGCUGUGGAAGCGCCUCCGGGCCGUCUCCACCAACCAUCUCUUCUCGGCGCACGGCCUGGACGCGGGGCGGGCGGUGAGGGAGGCCAAGGUGAGGGAGCUGCUCGGCUGCAUCCGCGGCCACGCAGGCGAGAGCGUGGAAGUCGGCCGCGUCGUGCUCUCCGGGCUGUUCAACGUCGUCUCCAACGUGCUCUUCUCGGAGGACGUGGGCGACCUGAGCUCCGGCCGGGCGCAGGAGCUUGAGACGCUCAUCGACGACAUGCUCGUGGAGUUCGCCAAGCCGAACCUGUCGGACCUCUUCCCGGCGCUCUCCGUUUUCGACUUGCAGGGCCGCCGUCGGCGCACCGCUGAACGUGUGAGGAGGUUCUUUGACUUCUUUGACCCCAUUAUCGCCCGUCGGAUGAAGGCCGGAGGUGAGAAGAAAGCAGAUUUCCUAGAUGUGCUGCUCCAGCUUCACUCGGUCGAUCAGCUCAGCAUUGAGAUAAUCAAGUCCUUCCUUUUGGAUCUUUUUAUCGCAGGGACAGAGACGAACUCUCUCUCCGUGGAGUGGACCAUGGCGGAGCUGCUUCGGCACCCGGCCGCCAUGUCAAAAGUUCGAGCCGAGUUGCAGCAAGUGCUGGGUUCAAAGCAGUAUCCCGAUGAAUCGGACAUCGGCCGGCUGCCCUACCUCCGUGCCGUGCUGAUGGAGAGCAUGCGGCUCCACCCGCCAAGCCCGCUCCUGAUGCCGCACGAGGCCAUGGCAGAAGGCGCCGAGGUCGGGGGCUUCGCGGUGCCCAAGGGCGCCAUGGUGAUCAUCAACCUGUGCGCCGUCAUGCGCGACCCUGCGGCAUGGACGCAGCCUGACGAGUUUGUGCCGGAGCGGUUCAUCGGAGUGGACAUGGAUUUCCGCGUCAAGGACCGGUUUGAGUUCAUGCCGUUCGGGGCAGGACGAAGGGCCUGUCCUGGGAUGCCCAUGGCGACAAGGGUUGUGACCCUCAUUCUCGCGUCACUCUUGCACAGGUUUCAGUGGAGGCUACCUGAGGGGAUGAAGCCGUCCGAGGUGGACGUUAGGGACCGUUACAGGACAUCUCUUAACAUGGUUACGCCGCUCAAGGCUGUGCCGGUGACGCUAUUCUCGUGA